AGCCGGGAAGCUGUUCUGGUUCCCCACCUGCCUGGGGGCUGGCGAUGAGCCGCCGGAGGGAGCCGCCGGGGGAGUUUGUUUGCCGUCUGUCCCCAUCCCCCUGAUGCUCUGAGCCCAGUCUCCUCCUCCCCCCGUGCUGGAUGCUCCGCUCACUCCUCACUGCCCUGCCACGCUCUCCUGCCGCCUUCUCCCACUCCGCGAGACAUGGAGCCGGCCGCAGCCUGGGGCGACCCGGCCAGCCCCCCGGACCCCACCAUCGUGCAACCCCCCGGGACCACCCCGCCCUACCUCUCCCGGGACCAACAAGAGGAACAGCUGCGGAUCGGGGAGAGCGGACAGUUCAGCGAAGGGCUGGAGGACAGAGGUUUACUAGAAAGCAGUACAAGGCUAAAACCUCAUGAAGCUCAGAGCUACAGAAAGAAGGCGUUGUGGGUUUCAUGGGUCUCCAUCGUUAUCACACUGGCUCUUGCAGUGGCUGCCUUCACUGUCUCCAUAAUGAGGUACAGUGCAUCAUCAUUUGGAUUUGCUUUUGAUGCUGUCCUGGACGUUUUGUCGUCGGUGAUAGUUCUGUGGCGUUACAACAAUGCAGCCGCUGUACAUUCUGCACACAGGGAAUACAUAGCCUGUGUUAUCUUGGGUGUGAUAUUUCUUCUUUCAGCUGUAUGUAUAGUGGUCAAAGCCAUCCAUGACCUUGCGAUGAAGUUGCUCCCAGAAGUGGAUGACUUUCUGUUUAGUGUCUCCAUUCUAAGUGGAAUCCUUUGCUCUAUCUUGGCAGUGAUCAAAUUUAUGUUGGGAAAGGUCCUUACAAGCAGAGCCCUGGUAACUGAUGGUUUCAACUCUCUUGUAGGUGGAAUAAUGGGAUUUUCCAUCCUUCUAAGUGCAGAAGUUUUUAAGCACAAUGCUUCUGUCUGGUACCUGGAUGGCAGUAUAGGAAUUUUAAUGGGACUCACAAUACUUGCCUAUGGAGUCAAGUUGCUUAUUGAUAUGGUCCCACGUGUAAGGCAAACGCGUCAUUACGAAAUGUUUGAAUGAAGACAGAUGCCCUCUCCUCUGUAUGGACUGUGAAACUGCAGCAUCAUACAUUUUGGCAAGUGGUGCCACUGAUAUUUCACUGAUUAUGCAGUUUCUUUCCCAUGGUGUAUUUUCUUUUAAAGUUUAUUUUAAUGGGAAAUCUCUCUGUAGAACAGGCAAAUAUGUGCACUGCUCACAAAACAGCAAAACAGCAGCAUUUUCCUUUCAAGUAAGCUAUUGAAUCCUGUAAGUGACAGUAGAAAACAUACAUAAUUUGCAAUUCCAAACCAGCUGCAGUGUUCUGUGUUCUAGAGUGAAAUUGUUUUUAUUGAUAUACUAGAUGUCUGUAGAUAAGAGGUGCCAGUUUCAGAGUCUUUUUUUUUUUUUUUUUAAUGUUGGCUCAAACUUUUCAAAUUUGUGCUGUAACUUUGAAUUACAGCCAUUGCCAACCACUUCAGCUCACAACUCAACAAAGGUACUGUAUGUAGAUUAUUGAUGCUAACAACCAUCGCUUAAAGGCACUGAAGUAAAUAAGAUUUUUGUCUCAAGUUAGGAGGAUGGACCCCACAGAAAAAACAGCACAAGACCCACUCAUUUCUAUUAUCAGAGUUUAAAUGAUACUAUUUUAUUAAUCCUAAAUUAUCUAAAAUACAAGUCCUCUUCUAAUUUGAAUUUCAUUUUUAUUUAACGAGUGAUGCACACAGUACAUUGCUUUGCAUGGACCAAAUAAGCACAAAGAAUAUUACUGUACAGAUAAAAGCCAAAAUGAAGCACAAGAAGGACCAGUAUGAGAAAUGUGAUUCGCACUCUUUUAUUGUACCAUACACAAAUGUACCAGUAUUUGUGACUACGUGGUUGCUCCGUUGCCUGAUGAAGGUACAGCAGUGACGGCUUUGAACUGCGGUGAAACACAAAGCUACUCAGAUUUAGGUUAUUCUGUAAAAAACAAAAAACAAAAACACUGUUCACCCUUCACCACACAUUCCUAUGUAUUUCUUAAUAUCCUACUUAUAAUAUCCAAGAACCAUGAUGUAUACAAUAAAACGUAUCUAUUUUAUACAGUACCUGUAAGUAACAUUUGACAGCUGUUUCCAGAAUGUAUCGUAGAACAAAGUCUUCCUGUACAGCAGCCCAUUAAACUAGAUUCUCUGGUCACUGCAA